UCCCUCCCUCCGUCCCUCUCUCACAGUUUCCAGACUUCUCUCACAGGGAGCACAGAUAUGAUGCUGGGGUUCCUCUCCAAUAUCUUUCUCCUCAUUUUGGCACAACAGUUUUUCUACAGGGCUCAGAGCAAUGGUCAAUUAGCAGCUCCGAGGACCGGGGCAGGAGGCCCCGAGCGCAGGCAGUUCUGUCACUGGCCAUGCAGAUGUCGCAGCAAGCCCCCGUGUGCCCCAGGGGUCAGCCUGGUCAAAGACGGUUGCGGGUGCUGCCCGACCUGCGCCAAGCAGGCUGGGGAAGCCUGCAAUGAAGCCGACGUCUGCGAUCCUCACAAGGGGAUGUACUGCGACUACGCUGCCGACAGCCCUCGCUUCGAGGUGGGAGUCUGUGCCUACAUGAUGGCCGUCGGCUGCGAGCUCAACGGGGUUUUCUACAACAACGGCCAGGCGUUUCAGCCCAGCCCCUCGUACAAGUGCAUCUGUGUGGCCGGGGCUAUUGGCUGCACGCCAGCCUUCACUCGGAAGCCUGCCGCCCUGGAACGAACUGCCCCCACCGGUAGAGGAGUGCCAAGCCCGUUCAGAGGUGCCAAGGGCUCAAGGAAGCACCAGCAAGACACAACUUACAGAGCCAUGCCAGCUUACAGGAAUCACCCUUUAGCAUGGAAAAAGAACUGCCUCAUCCAGACCACAGCAUGGAGCCCCUGUUCCAAAUCCUGUGGGAUGGGCAUCUCGGUCAGGGUCAACAACGACAACAGCAAAUGUGAAAUGAGAAAGGACCGCAGACUGUGCAUACUGAGGCCUUGUGAUGCAAAUAUACUCCAAAAUGUAAUGAUACCAAGGGGAAAAACCUGUCAGCCGAAGUUCCAGUUAAAGAAGCCAGAGAAGCUGACUCUGUCGGGCUGCUCCAGUACUCGGAGCUACAGGCCUGCUUACUGUGGGGUUUGCAGUGACAAGCGCUGUUGUACCCCCAGCACAUCCAGAAUGAUCACGGUCCAGUUUGACUGCGCCGACGGGGCCCGGGUGAAGUGGAAGAUGCUGUGGAUUUCCUCCUGUGUGUGCCAAAGGAAUUGCAGAGAUCCUGGCGACAUCUUCUCUGAACUGACCCUUCUCUAGUCUUUGAAGCGCUAUUACAUCAGA